CCACAAUCUUAAUCUAAAUCUGGGUUUCAGAAUCAAAAUCCAUAAUAAAUCAAACCAAACCUAGGAUUCACAGAAGCUUGCAAGAGGGAAGGGGGCUCAACCUAUUCUUUCUUGGCUUCAGGAGAUCGAGAACGCGGGAAGGCUGAAUAAAGAAAUAGAAAAUAAGAAGAGACGAGAGAAGCUUGGCUCUGCAGACCAGACGAGGAGAUCUGACAAUCACCAAAUUUACUGCGAUACCGAAGAGCUUGAUGCAGGGUUGAUUUUGAGGAAACUCAACAGAAUUUGGGGAAAAAGCUUCUUUGACGAGCUUACUACGAAUGCUCAUCCUUUAUUAGGGUUCUGGAGAUCACAGUAUCCAUCCAUCCAUCCAUCCACUUCCUUCUUCCACGCUCUUCUUCUCCACCUCCAACUUCACCGGUAUGCUCGGUUUUUCACCUUAUGGCUCCUGCCCACUCGGUGUACCACACGCAUUGUUAUGGGUGCUUAAUGUGCAGCUUAAUUUCAAGGCUGAUCAUCAUCCAAUUCCCCUUACAACCCAGAAAACCCCUUACACACAUCUCAUUGGCUCGCGGGGACGACACGCGCCACCGCUACCAUGCUCCCGUUGCUUUUGCCGAAGAGCCCCGGUCGCAUCUGAUUCAUCGUUAUCGGAUCGCAUCUGAUUCCUUCUUUCUCGUCAGUCUCGUACCAUUUCUCAUUUCCAAAGGUUCGAUUCUCCAUCGAAUCAAAGUUAUCAAACCCACACCUUUUCUCUUACUUCCGCAAUAUUUUUCCCUACAAUUUAUCUUUCAAAUCAGUGAGCGUCUCUGAGUUCCUAAACCGGACGAACCGUAGCCACAACUUCCAUUAAAACAUAGACAUGGAGGGGACAGUGUUAACUCCUGCGUUGGAAGGAUUGAAGCAUGUGAAGUCUGAGGAAGGUCAAACGCUGACCAAGCCUUUCUUGGAAGUCUGCAAGCAGAUACUCCCUGUUAUAGAUAAGUUCGGAGGUGCAAUGGCCCUUGUUAAAACUGAUAUUGGCGGAAACAUAUCGAGAUUGGAAUCUAGAUAUUCUUCAAAUCCAUCCGAAUUCAAUCACUUGUUUAGUAUAGUGAGAGCAGAUGUUGCAGCAAAAGGAUCCUAUUACACCAGUGGUCUUCUUUGGUUGACAAGAGCAAUGGAUUUCUUGGUGGAAUUAUUUCGCAACUUACUCCAGCAUAAGGAUUGGGCAAUGUCACAGGCCUGUUCCGACUCCUACAGCAAGACCCUGAAGAAAUGGCAUGGCUGGCUUGCUCGGUCAAGUUUCACUUUUGCCAUGAAGCUUGCUCCCGAUAGAAAGAAGUUCAUGGAGGUUAUAGGGGGCAGCGGAGACAUUUAUGCCGACAUAGAAAAAUUCUGCACAGCCUUUUCCCCUCUUCUUGAAGAGAAUCACAAGUUUCUGGCUAGUGUAGGCUUUUGAUGAUCUGAAGGCUUCAUGAGGAAAAUGUCUUCAUUAGUGGCGACUGCUUCAAGUUAUCUCUUUUAUUUUUGAGCAUUGGAUAAUUUGCUUUGGCUUCUAAAUUUGAGACCUGGUAAAUUAUAGGCAUAUGUAGCAAUACUAGCCAAAGUAGCUAUUGAAAAAGUAUAAUUCUCUACUUUAGUUACUGUUUUUUCUACACUCUCU